AUGACGAUCUACCUAGCUCGGGAGGCUUCCAAGGUAUGGAGGAAGGUGUGCGCGGAGACGACGACCGAGCUGCCGAUGCUUCGCGAGAAGUGGCCGCUACUCCUCGCUGGGAUUGUGUUCCAGUAUAUUCAUGGGCUGGCUGCUCGAGGAGUGCAUUACUUGCAUCGGCCUGGACCACUGCUCCAGGACCUGGGAUUUAUGGCCCUUCCAGAGCUUGGACAAGACAAAAAUUAUCUUAGUGAAUGCACAUUUGUUUUCAUCUUCUUCUCCUUUUUUCUGUGGACCUUUCAUCCUUUUAUUUAUCAUAGCAAACGCUUCUACACCAUCCUAAUCUGGCGCAGGGUGCUUGCUUUUUUAGUUGCUUCACAGGUUUUAAGGAUCAUUACAUUUUAUUCAACCCAGCUCCCAGGUCCAAACUAUCACUGUCGCGAGGGCUCAAGUAUGGCCACUCUUCCACCACCCAAUAAUGUGCUUGAAGUGCUCCUAAUUAAUUUUCCUCGAGGAGUAAAUCUUGGGUGUGGUGAUCUUAUAUUUUCAUCCCAUAUGAUUUUCACUCUUGUUUUCGUUCGAACAUAUCACAAAUAUGGCUCAAAAAGGUUUAUUAAACUCCUUGCCUGGAUGAUGGCUAUAAUUCAAAGUCUCCUUAUUAUUGCCGCUCGCAAGCACUACACCGUGGAUGUUGUUGUUGCCUGGUAUGCCGUUAAUCUAGUCGUCUUCUUCGUGGACACCAAGCUCCCAGAAAUGCCGGACCGUACAAACGGGUCGCCCUUGAUUCCGCUGAGCAACAAAGAUAAAGAUGGAAGGCCAAAGGAUGAGAAAGACGUGAGGCUGAAGGACGAGUUCCAUAAGCUGUUGAACGGGAACCAUGGGGAUGCGACUGAUCGGCGGCAGCGGGUGCAGAUGAACGGGAGGCACGCCGAGGAGGACAUGAGCAUGCUCUCCGACGCCACGCCCAACGGCACAUGAGAUGAGCGGGCGUUUUGUCUCGGCGCGCCCAAGGAGAAUCCUGUGGGCGACCCUUUCUGUAUGCAUGCAUGCAUGCUCGAACCGAAGCAGCCCCACCCGUCGUUCAGCUGAGCCACCCUCCAUUGCAUUGGCUUGGCCUUCCCUUAAACAACACCACCAAAAAGAUUGACGAUGAAUGUGGGUGUACAUGUAUAUAUCGACCGACCAGCUUAAUUCUAUGAUCACCUAUCGAUGCAUUCA